UUCUAACCAAACGAUAAUCAUGGCGACAGAAAAUAACACAACUCCGGAUGCAACAACGUGGGAAACAACAAUUUGGACAGCAAUUUUCAACGAAACUACAGAAUAUCCAAAAUUCAAUGCAACGGAAGAAGUUACGAUCUCAUUGUUCGCCACUCACAUGUUCGUUAUGAUUCUCUGUGGAUUUAUAAUCUCGACGAAUCUCUCAGUAGUCUUAUCAUCAGGAUUAAUCCUGAAAAAAGGAAUAACCCCGAAGACGACUUACCUGUUCCUCGGCAACGUCGCUAUGUCCGAUUUGGUUGUUGGUAUGGCUGUUCUCUUCGGCGUUAUUUUCGGCAGGCCUCCUGACUUCUACAGCAAUCAACUCGAAUGUGCAAUCCAAAUGGGAAUGGUGGUCUCCAGUACCGUAGUAUCCGUUUACACGGUGGGCCUGAUAGGCUUGGAUAGAUUCCUGUACAUAGUCCACGGAAUGAAGUACAGUCGUUGGAUGUACCCGAGGAGAGCUCGUCUGCUGAUCGGCUGUACUUGGGUGCUAGGAAUAGUCCUUGGUUUCCUGCCAGCAACGGGUCUCUGGACACUUUACGACACCCAAAACGGCAAGAAGUGUUGGUUCAUUCUUCUGGCUCCACCAGGACUGGUUUUAUUGAUUGUGACCAUCGGUUUGCUGCCUGUAUUGAUGGUCAUCGUUUUGUACAGUAUAAUUUUGUACCACGCGAUCAAGAAAGUGUUGCAGCUUCGUCGAGCCGAUAAAAAUCGGAAAAAUCAAAACGUAGAACGGGAUGAGAAUCUGAGGAUAUUUCGAGGCGGUGAAUCAACGUCGAUCGGUAAUGACGCCAUGAAACAAAAGGCCAAGAACAAACCUUCGAAAAUCAAGGCUGUUAAAGUGGUCCUCUUCACCUGCGGUACCGUCGUCGUUACUUGGGUCCCUUACUUCAUCGCCUGCACCAUGUACGUCUUCUGCGAUCCGGAUACCGGUGCUUGCGACUCCAUAGGAUACGCCAUAGACACACCACUGGCUCUGCUUGGUCUUGGAAACUCCUUGCUUAAUCCUCUGAUAUACGCUUGGUGGCAUAACGGGUUUCGCACGUUUGUGAAAAAAAUUUUGUGCAAGGGACGGAAUAAGCCUUAG